UUGAAGGAAAGUAAUUAGCAGGAAUAAAGAGCCAAGUGUUUUUCCCCCCACAGUGAUCAGAACUCAUUCUACCUCUGGAGCUCGCACAGAACCCCUCCGUCCUCCCCCCUCGACAACCCACCACCCUGCACCCCAUCUUGUGUGUGUGUGUUUACUCCAGCCUGCAUGUAGCUUUAAUUACACUGUUGUUUGCUAAACAACUUGGACCGCGGCGGCUGCGCUCUCCUCCCUCUUCCUCAGCUUUUUUGCCUUCUUCUCUCCACUCAUAAAGCCAGGAUCACGGAAAAAGGAAUGCGUGAUCUCUCCACACGGUUUUUUUGUGGACAAGAACUACGCAGGGAGAUUGGUGCCGGAGCCGCUGCAGAAAUGUGUGGUGGUAAUGCGUGGCAGCUGUAGCCCCCGAUAUGGACAUCGGUGAGGGAGGAGGAGGGGAUGGAGGGGGAGGAGAGGAGAGAGAUGCUGACCUCAGUCCACAGGCUUUAUCUCUCCCUCUCCUGACCUUGACGCUCAUUCCUGAGCAGGGGUCAGCCUCUCACACCUCAGCCAGGACCCUUGCCAAAGAGCCCCCGACCUUGCAUGAGGAGGAGGAUGCAGAGGUGUCCAGGCCUGGAGGAGAGACACAGGUAGGGGGGAAGGAGGAUGGUAAUUUACAAGAGGAUGAAGCAUGUCAAAAGCGGUGGUUGAAGGAAAACUUCCAGGAGGAAUCUCUGUCAGGGCGAAAUGAGGAGGUGCAUGUAGGCACGGGGGUGAAGCCGGAUACAGGGGGUCUCGCAAAAGCCCAUAGCAGAAGCAGCAGCAAAGGAGGAGAGGAGAAGGAAGAGGAGGAGGCCAUCUCAAACCAAAGCCAAACCAAAUCCAAAUGUUCUUUAUUACCUCAACAGAGCCAGCAAAGCGCUUCUUCCAGCACUGCAAAGGCCAGUGGCACGCUCAACAGCAAAACAGCCGCCUCUCCAAAGUCCUCCCAAACUCCCUCCACCUCUCCAAAAAUGUCCCCUUUUAUUUCCACCUCUCCAAAGCACUUCACUUGUUCAUCCUACUCUUCUUCUGUCCCGCUGAGCGAGAGAGAGGCAAAAGACAUUAUUGGAGAUCAGGACUGGAUUUCUGGGUUUCCUCAGAGCUUUAAAUCCCAGCAGUCAACCCUGGCUUUCCCACUGGCAGGUAUGGAGGCGGCCAGCGCACCUGCUGAGGAUGAUGGGCUGGCAGGGGUUCCUCACUCUUCCAUUUCCAAUGGAGAUGGUGCCAAAGCUCCACAACCAAAUGACAGCCACCUUGAGACAGAAAUGGAUGACGACAGAGACGAAGGAGAACAGAAAGAAGCUGUCCCCAAAAACCUCAACCAAGAGCUCUCUCCAAAUUCAAUGACUAGUCACAUGACUGCAAUGCACUCACGUAAUUCCUGUAAGACACUAAAAUGCCCCAAGUGUAACUGGCACUACAAGUCUCAGCAUACGCUGCAAGUCCAUAUGAAGGAGAAACAUCCAGAGACGGGCGGUCAGUGCAUGUGCGGCGCCUCUGGUGGGAAGUGUGUUUGUGGCAGUGCAACCCGAGGUGUGUGUGGAUACUGUAGUUCAGGGAAACUCCAUCCCCGCUUGGCCCGGGGCGAAACCUAUGCCUGCGGCUACAAGCCCUACCGCUGUGAGGUGUGUGACUAUGCUACCUCAUCGAAAGGCAACCUCAGCAUACACAUGCAGUCAGAUAAACACCUUAAUAAUGUUCAAAAUGGUCAGAUGCAUACCCACAUUAGCAACAACAACAGCAGCUCUUCCAAUGGCACGGUGAUGGAUGAGCAGGCAUACAAGCUUCCACUUACAAUUUCUACAUCCGCUACCCAGCCAGCCAAGCUCACACCACCUGCACACUCUCCCUCCCAUGGCAAGCGUUGGCGGUGUGAUGUAUGUGACUACGAGACAAGCAUUGCCCGCAACCUGCGCAUACACACCACCAGUGAGAAACACACACACAACAUGCUGAGGCUGCAGAGAGGGUACUACUUGUCCCGCUGCAGGAGCCUUGCUCCCCAUCUAAAACACUUACAAAACACAGGUGGGGAGCUCUUCAACAUGCGACUGACUGCGCAACAAGUCACAGAGCAGCCAGUCACCCUGGGCUCGACACUGACUCCUUCACCGUCCCCUUCUCCUUCUCCCCCACCAGCCCCUACCUUGUCUCCCACUGGACCUCUCUCCCUGGGUGUGUUCCAGUGCCUCGUCUGCUCCUGCUUUUCCUCCGACAGCUUAGAGUCCAUGGAGCAACACCUGAGCACCCCUCGCUCCCUGCCCCAGUCUGAAUGGUGCUCCCUGGUUGCCGGUGGCUGCCACUGCAGGCUGUGUGGCUACACCACCCCGUUGAGGGCUAACUUCUCCUUGCACUGCCAAACUGACAGACACCGAACCCGCUACCAGCUUGCAGCUCACCUACAAGAAGGGGGAGACCGGGGUCAGGAAGGCGCCACCCUGCUAGCUAAGGGCAACCCAAUCCAGCUGAGGUGCAACCUGUGCGAGUAUGUCACGAGCAGUCUGGAAAAGCUACAAGGACAUUCCCAAACUUCCCACCACGAGUCCAGUGUCCGUGUUUACAGAUUCCUGCAGCAGUAUGAUGGUGAGGUUGAUGGAGGUUCAUGGCUAUUCCAUUGUCUCCUAUGCAACCACUCCUCCUCCUCUAAGAUAAAAGUAUUGAAACACAGUCAAACACAAACCCAUCAGCAAAGGGAGGGAUUGCUAAAGCUGCAGCCAAUGGGUGGAGAGGAGCUGGCAGCAAUUUUCACCAUCAGAAAAAGCCCUGAUACGGUCACAGGAGAACCCAUUGAGGAUAUGGAAAAUUCCACUGAGGUCACCACUGGUCUUUUGGACCAAACCAAAGACAACUUGGGGGUUAAGCAGAUGGAUAAGGAGACAGAAGAGAAAAUGAUAGAGGAGACAGAAAAGAGGGACUCACUCUCAGUCAAACGCCAAGCAUCUGGAUGCGGGGAAGUGGAAAACUGUAUCACAACCAAACUACCCCGAAUACACCAGCAAAGCGAGAACCAGCAGACUGUCCAGUGCCCUUUGUGCCAGAUUAAAAUCCUGCACACACACCUUCGUCCACAUCUCACACAUGUGCACAGUGUGGCGCAGGACUGUGUCGAUAAGCUCAUCAGCACAGUCAAACCAUCCAUGGAACAAUCUCAGCUGGAGACUGAACUACCAUCAAACCUGUGCACGGAUGACACUGUCAAAAAUGAAAAUGUCACAAAUAAUGAGAAAGAACAUUCUCAUAUAACUGAUUCCCUUACUUCAGAUGAUUCACCAAAAUAUGAAAGCAUUUCAGUGGAGAACACUGAGGAAAAUGUAGCCGCACCCAAAGAUGUCACAGCUCUACUCACCCCACCCCUGGAAGACAACGCAACGCACCCUUCCAAUGGAAAACUGGCUCCUCAAUCCCUUACUCACACCCCUCCCUCCUCUCCAAUCGCCGAUCCCCUUCCUCUUUCUGAUCGCCAUGGUUACCGGUUUCGUUGCAGCAGGUGCAGUCUGGCGUUCCCUACUCAGGAGAAGCUCCAGCUGCACUGGCAGUACCAUGCCAUGAGGGCGGCGACAGAAUGCCCCCUCUGUUCCAGACAGUGUCGCAGUCAGGAAGCAUUGCAGAGACAUAUGCAGAACACACACUCACAGCUGGACAACACUCAGAAUACAGUCUCACUGCCUCAUACUGUACAAUAUAUAGAACACAAUAGGAAUGAAUCAGUUCAUCAAGACAUUAGUUUAUCGCCUCAAGCUGGUCAAGAAGCAGGAGAGGGUGAGGAUGAAGAGAGGGAGAAAGAAGUGGAGGAAGAAGAUGACAUACUUGACACUGGAGAAAUUGAACAAAAAGAGGAAUUUAAAACUAAAGAGAAAGACAUAAUUGGUGAAACUGGUGGACAUGAGGGUGAUUUAACUGAGCCAGAAAAGGUGAUAACUGAGGAUGUCCUAUCAGAAGCUAGCUCCAUCUCUCAUAUCAAAAAGAGCUUCAACCCCACAAUGGACCGCUAUUUAGAUCCAUCAAGGCCAUACAAGUGCACCAUUUGUUCAGAAUCUUUUACUCAGAAAACAAUUCUUCUGGUGCACUAUAAUUCUGUGUCCCAUCUUCACCGGGCAAGGCGAGCUCUGCAGGAAUCGAACACGGGUGUUUCUUCCCCAGAGGUUCCACGUGGACACGAUCCUCGACCCUACAGAUGCAAACUAUGUGGAGUCGGUUAUAGCCAGAGUUCCACACUAGACAUACAUCUACGCUCUGUUCUUCACCAAACAAGAGCUCGUGCGGCACAGAAUCCAGGUCCACAGACACCAGUGUCUUGUGUAGCAGCUCCGAUACCGGCCACCCCUACGAGUACUUUGGCUGCUAUGACGUGUAAGGAAACAUCUAAGAGUUUGCAUUUGACCAAAAAGCCAGAUGUAGCAAGUUCAUCAGCAGGAUUCGUAGCUGAGGCCCAACUGACAGUAUCAACUGAUGGGCAACAGGCUAAAAAGAGAGUGGCAGAACUGAUAGCGUCAAGAAACCAGCUACUACUAAUGCAACAGCAGCAGCUGGCUCAGGCCCAGGCCCAAGCUCAGUUGCAACACACAGCAUUGCUCCAGGCCCAAGUGAUGCAGCACCUUCCCAUUGCACCAGAGAAUUUCCUUCAGCACUUCCCUCUGGCGCCAGAUAACUUGCUCUCUCUACAGCAACAGCUUCUUUUGCCCUUUUAUUUCUCUGGAGACAUGAAACUUAAUCCAGAGUUGGCUAUAAAGAGCCUGGAACACACCCAAUCUGAGGCAACCAAAUCCACAGUGAGUGAACACACUAAGGUAGAGGAUAAAAAAGAGGCCAAUCCUCAAACAGAUGAAAAACUAAUUCAGAGUCAAUGUUCAACGUCUGAUGAUAUCCAAAUGAAAGAGAUGCAUUUUGACACCAGAGUUGAAAAUGGCUGCAGUGAAUCCUCCAAUAGCCUAAAAGAAAAAGAAUGCAUCGGCCUUGAAGACAAAAAAGAAGAAAUGUCUGUUCCAGUUGUUAAAAAUGAGGGUCAAACACAGGAAAAUGAUUCCUCUUCAAUUAAUCUCCCUGGAUUGCAGUGCCCUCCACCUAGGGUGCCCUAUGCUGCUGUUAAUGGGGAAGCUCUUAGGGCUUUGCUCCAGAGUUAUGGCUAUGAGUUGGCAUUGCAGUAUAUACAAAGUAGACAUAGAAACCAGCAGCAGAUAGCAACCCAGAUGAUAAAUUUGAAAAAAGGGUGCUCUGAUAUUCCAAAAAUGGAGCUUUAUUCAGCGGAACAUAACCAGUCAGUUGGAGCAGAUGAUGGAAAGGUAGAAACCGAUAACAAGGUUAACAAAAGUGAAGUUGAACACUUACAGCAUUUCACAGGGGACAACAAUGGUGUUGAUGAACUGGGGAACAAGAAGAAAGACUGUUGUGGAAGUGGAGAAAAAUGCAGAGAUUGUGGCAAGUUUUUUUCAGAUGCUAUGAUUUUAAAAAGCCACCAGGAAUACAUACACAGACUACUUCUUCCCACGGCGGCGUUAGAGAGGUUUUCCAAAGAAUACAGAUUACAAUAUGACCAAAUGUACCCCUUGAAAAAGACAAAAUCUGGAGAGGAUUCGUCUGCUAGUACAAAAGUUGCAAUUCAAGCUACAUUCUCAGAAUCAGAAUCUGUGUCUGAACCGGAUAAACCUCAAGUUAAAACAUCACCUCAACUCUCAUUUUCAAAUCCUGAAACCAAAAUGACACCCGAAGACCUGACAACUGCAUCGCCACCCUCCCCUUCGUUUUCUUCUUCUCAGCCUCAGAUAUUCCCACAUAAGGAGUCAACCCUUACUUCCACAUCUUCAACUGUUACUUCUCAAAACACACCACCGGCAACGGCCAUGCCUGUUCCCUUACCAAAAAUACCUAUGCUACCUCUGCCCUUGCCCCAGCUUUCUAUUCCCUCACUUCCUUUACCCAAGCUUCCGCUACCCCCAAUUCCUUUCCCGAUGGAGCUUCCUCUCAUCCCUCCAGUUGUGAUGCAGGCUCUCCAGCCCCAAACUUGGUUAGAAUCGAGUGUGAACCCAGAGUUGGCAAAAAUCUACCAGUCUCAACUCAAUCCAGCACUACUUACGCAACAGGGACCCGUUAGUCCGGCUGUGAUUUCCCAACCAUCUCAACUUAGUCCUGCUUUGCUAGGCCAGACACACCAAGUUACCGGGUUGCUGGGUGAACCAGCCCAGACCAGCUCCAUUCAAACAGGGCAGCAGCCUCAAGUUAGUCCAACAAUACUGGAGCAACAGCAAGGUAAGAGAACCCGCACACGAAUCUCUGAGGACCAGCUGACUAUUCUGAGAAAACACUUUGAUAUCAACAGCCUCCCCAGUGAUGAUGCAAUAAACAAGAUGUCCAGUCUGUCUGGCCUACCUCACAAAGUCAUCAAACACUGGUUUCGCAACACCCUAUUUAAAGAGCGGCAGCGAGACAAGGACUCCCCUUACAAUUUCAAUAACCCCCCAAUCACAGCCCUUGCGGAGACCAGAGAGGAAGUCCCACAAAACCAGUCUCUAACACGGUCCCAGUCUUCACUGUCUCCAGGACUGCAACAGGACAACAUGCCCCAGUCCACUGACACCCAAAGAGGGGAUGCCCACAGGGGGAGACGGUCUUCUCGAACCCGCUUUACAGAGAAACAGCUGGAGACACUGCAGGGGGUGUUUGAGGCGACUCCCUAUCCUAGGGAGGAGGAAUAUGAUAGGCUGUCAGCUCUGCUUUCGCUCCCGAACAGAGUUAUUGUUGUGUGGUUUCAAAAUGCGAGACAAAGAGCUCGCAAAAGCCAGGACCGGGGAGCCGAUGAUGGAAUAGAAGGGACAAGCCAGCUCAACAUUCUUAGACAUGGAUGCGACAGGAAUGAUGAUAAUGAUGAUAACAGCUGUGAGGAUGAACAGCAAACUGACUCUCACAAUGAAAAUUCCAUGGAUCUGACAUAUGAGUAUUAUUCCCAACCUGACUCUCCUGCCUUUGAUUCUUCUUCUGCUAGUCACACAGAGAGCGAACAUUCCAUUAGCAAAGAUGAAACAACACCUACUGUCAAGAAACAAGAAAAUAAAACGGCCAGUUAUAAAACCACCAAAAGCAUUGGAAACGAUAUUACAGAUUUGGAUGCCCAUCCCAAGGAAAAAGCACAGGCCUUUCAAACAGUGUCCUCCGCAGAAGCUGACAAUUUGGUCCAACCUCAGCCAGAGAGUUCAGCAGAAAACCUCCAGCCUCAUUCUUCCUCCCCCACAGAAACCUCAGUAAAUACCAGCCAAUCAAUGUCUGAAUCAUGCCAGGAACAUAUUCAUAGUUCCUCGUCAAAUUCAGCCUUCGAAAAACCUGCAGAUACAUCACCAAGCCAGCCUUCAACUUCAGAGUUGGAAGCAAGCAGCACUCUGCAGCCUGAGACACCCUCACGUCAACCCACGGAGACCCAGUCACUGAACCAAAUCCCACCACCAAACCAGUUUCAGUGCAGUCUAUGCCCAAUGUCCCUGCCGUCAUUCCAGAUUUGGCAGGAGCAUCAGACAAGGCACCUCCUUGCGGCUCAGUCACAUGUCCAACUUCUCCACUCUGGGUUCACGGACAGAACAAUGCCAUACAUGAUGCUCCAAUCCAACCACUCCCUGAUGGCCAACCAAUUGCUUUCAGGUGCAAUGACCCAGUUGCACCCGAAUGCCACAAAUACCAUGAUUUCACACAUAAACAGUACACAAGUAAAGAACUCAUUCUCUGACCUCUCUCAGAGUUCCUUCACAUCUUUGAAACAGAACUCAAAGCUAAUAUCAGAGGCCAGUUUUGAUAUUCAAAGGUGUGGCAGAGAGAGUGAGGAAGAGCAUAGAAGAGACAAGCGUCAGAGAACCACCAUCACCCCAGAGCAACUUGAAAUCUUGUAUCAGCGUUACAGCUUGGACUCCAACCCUACCAGAGGAGUCCUGGAGGGAAUUGCACAGGAUGUGGGCCUCACAAGAAGAGUGGUUCAGGUGUGGUUUCAGAACACGCGAGCAAGAGAAAGAAAAGGACAGUUCAGGUCAAUGGGGCCAGGAUCUAAUUUUAGCUUGGGUUUUAACCACCUGCGCUGCCCAUUUUGCAGGGCUCUCUUUAAGGUAAAGAGUGCUCUUGAUGCCCAUAUGAGAUCACGACACUGGGCAGAGGCCGAAAGAGCAGGCUACAGCUUAUCAAUGAGUAAUGGAUCCAGCAUGCCCAUUGGGAUGGCUAUGUCCUCUGUCACGGAUAAACCAGGUCCAUCUGUCUCCUGUAAUCUUGUGCCAAACACGGGCAUUGCCAUCAGCAACAAAGAGAAAACAGUAAAGCAACCUGUUACAUUUUCAUCUUCUUCCAAUGAUCUGACCAACCCAGGGGAGUAUGAUGACUUUGAGGAAGAUGAUGAGUUCCCAUAUGAAGAGGGUUUAAGUAUGGCUGACCAAGGGUCACCCAGUCCAGUGGGAUCAGGGGGUCCAAGCACGGACUGGUGUGAGACUCUGCAGCCGCUGCACCACCAUCAGCAGCAACGCCAAAGGACACAGAUGAGCCACUUGCAAGUACUUCAGCUUAGAGACUUUUACAAGAAUCACCGUACACCAAAUCGACAUGAGUGUGAGGCACUAGGCCAGGAAUUGGGACUUCCUCACCGUGUGGUACAGGUAUGGUUCCAGAAUGCUAGAGCCAAGGAGAAAAGGGCAAGAACCCUGAGCUCUGACUCUGCAGAAAGAGAGCAGGCGGAAUUGACUGCUGGUGCAGGGGAGAGAGACAGAGCUUAAAGAGGUAGACUGGGUUCCCUUUAUGUUCUUCAGCUCCACCCCUACUGCCUCCUGUCAACUUCUUCUUCACUUUGCUGCCAAACCCAUUCCCUGAGCACCCCAAAGAUGCAGAGCCACAGGGGCCCAAAGAGAACCGUUUUCAGCUGAAAGUAAUAGAGCCCAAACCAAGCCCUUUCUGCAACAGCUUCUCUCAUUUUGUAUUGCUCUGUCGUACUUGGUCUGUCUUUACUUGUUGCCCCCAUUCCUGUUCUACUACCAAACUCCACCAUGGAAAAAAAACAAUGCCACAGAGGCCAAAGAGCAUUCUCCAAGUAUGUGACCUCACUGCCUGGCUAGACCUGCAGUCUACCUCUCGGUCCUCAUGACAGACUCACAGUGGGCCCUCCACCGGACAGUGCUUGAUGACUAGCUGUGUAGCAUGUACUGCUGGUCUUUACAAGGCUGGAACAAAAACAAGAGAUAUUUGUGUAAAUAGAGUGUUCUAAAAGAUAAACUUGAAGAAAAAAAAAACAAAGCAGUUAAAAAUGGAAGAUGAGGAGGAAAGAAAACAAUAUCUCGAAAUAGAUGGAGGUAUUUGCAUUGAGCUUUUGUAAAGACUGACUCAGAUUCCAAAGCUCGUAACCAAAAUUUUACAUGUCUGUCGUUUCAUCGUGUUUGUUUUCAGCAACAAACUGCAGAGUUGACGUCUGUACAGUGAUGGGUAAGAUCUGUACCUGGCGCAGGAAAAGAGAGAACCAAUAGACUGAUAGUGUGCUAGAGUGCAGCUUCACCCACCACAAGCCAAUGAUGAGUCUUCUGUUGUACACGGACACCUUCAAAGUUCCUUUUGUGGAUAAUAGCCCAAAUAGCACAGAGCAGAAAGGCCAGUUUGUCUUGAAAGGGGCAAACUAUUUUUUAUAGCGCUCAACCAUAAUACUGUAUAUGAUAACUUUAACCAAACUCUAAUUUACAUUGUGUGUGUCUAGUAAUAGUUUCUUAAUAUAAAUCUUAUGAACUGAGAAACUGUCUUGCUUUGGUAAUGGUGUCACGAUUACGAAAAGAUUGUGACAGCUUUGAUAUGUUCAGGUAAGGAUUAACUGCCUUUUCUGUUCUCUUUGAAUAUACCAAUGGCUUACCAAUGUUGUGUGAUGAAUAUAAAGCUUUCUACGCUCAGGUCAGCAGCUCAAUAUGGCUUCACCUCAAAUGUGAACCUGAUACUUUCUGGUUUCCAAAUGGAAGUGGCAUGGUUUAAGUUUGGACUAAGUAUUACAAGACAUCAACAAAAACAUCUCUGUAUAUCAAAGAUCUGAGCUUUUCACCUCAUAUAGAUUGUUAACCUUAUUGAAACUAAAGGGUUUAAUAGUGUGAGGGGUAAAUGUACAGUAUUUAGCUUUUGUAUGGUUGACUCGAGACUUCAUUGGAUGUUUGAGACAAAGCUUCUGUUUCUACACACAGACAAGGAGCUUCUGCGUACAGCAGAGAAAAACGUAAUAAUGGAUGUUAUUAAUGUUAUUUUUGUACACUUAAUUUAUUUUCCCUUUCCUCCUUCCCGCCUUCGAAGGUAUUUCUUCCUCUUUAUUUGCAACCAUCUGUAAUAAUAAUAUAACAAUAAUAGCUAAACAACAAUUAAUGCUUUAAGACAAAAACCCAAAGACGUGAUAAUACUUUAACCAUAUGACCUACAAAAAUAAGCGCUACUGUGUACUUGCUGUUUUUUUUAAAGAAGGAAAGAGUCCCUAUAUCUAAGCUACUGUUUUAUGCCUCUCAUAAGCACACUGGAGUACUCUGUAACCAAAACCCCAAACUAGAGCCAUGGCAGUCUGUAAUAUAGCGGUUAAAGAGUUUUACUUUUCUUGAGAAAUGUUGCAGUUUUUUCUUUCUUUUUUUACCAUAGUGUUAAAACUCCAGCCCUUAAGGAUGUCCAGUUUGCUGCUAAUGUACUGUAGUUUCUAAUGAUACUGUAGGAAGAUGCAUGCUCUGAUUGCUUUACCACUAGGCUUUAAUGACUACAAACUGUAAUAAUAAUGAUACCUGUGAUGCCGUUGAUGAACUGCUCCUGUUAUUCUGUUGAAAACAAGUUGGUAUAUGGGGCAAAAUUUCAUCAAGUUGGUUAUUUCAGUAUUCUGCUAAUUGACCUAAUUCAGAGAGGAUAAAAAUGGUAGCAGAAAUAUUUUUUCAUCCCAGGAAAAGGCCUCCAGUUUUCAGCUAAACAUGUUUGCUGCAUUUACUUGUCAAAUGUUAGAACGUCUAGCUGUUUGAAGUAGUUCAGCCUUAGAACUGAUAAGGUGUGGGUUUUCUGUACUUCGAUGUCUACUCCAUUUUUCCAUCUAAGACAGCUUUCCAAAGGAGGUGGACUGACUAACGCCGUCUUGUUUUGUUCUGAAACUAACCAAUGUUUACGACAAUACCAAUGAGCUUUUUCUGUGCAGAAAUGUGCGUUCGAAAACCAACAGACAGUUUUUGUAUAUGGAUUAUUUUCUGAUCUUGAUUUCAUGUGUCUUUCUUGAUCUUGGUGACUGUAAGAUGUACAUAUUGGAGUCUUCUGCGGUGAAGGGACCCUGUGAACCUUAUUGUAGGCAAAACUGACUCUUUUGUUUUUUUUCUGGAUAUGUUGUUGCCAUAGUGAUGACCAAAAAGAUACCUGUGAUGUGCACCUGUCCUUAUGUCCUGCUCCAGUGGUUUAGUGUGUCUCUAUAAUAUUCCCUUCCCCACUGGUGUGUUUCUCUUCUUUACCGCUCCCAUAUUCCACUGAGCUAAAUAAAGUCUGCUUUGGUGCA